UUCUCUCGGCUUCCUUUGUUUUUGCAGCAACGAAAUUGCAGAAAAUACACUCUUCCUCCCUCGGUAUGUCUUAGUUUACAGCAGAAAAACCAGGAAGCCAGCUCCCCAAAGUACAAACUCACCCCUUCUCCUUUCUCGGCUUGUAACAGAAUUAGCAAAGAAAAUUCUGUCUCUCUCUCUUUCUGUCUUUCUCAUUCGGCCAGUAGCAUAGAAAGCAGGAAUAAACGACUCGCUCUCUCUGGUUUUCUGUUUAUAUUUUCUGCAGAAUCACUCACUCUUCCUCUCUUUGUGUUUCGGUUAAAUAGCAGAAAAUUAGCAAAGGAACUCUCAGUUUUCUUUCCCAAAACAGCAGCUCUUUCACGGACAGCAACUCCUCUAUUCCUUUUCUGGUUUUGUCUCAUGUAUAGUAGCAAGUGAAGACCCUUUCCUUCUCUUCUUUGUUGCUGUUUUCUGCAGAAAUCUCUCUUUUAUUCCUCAGUUUGCAGAAAAAUCAGCAAGAAGAAAAACCCUUCUUUGCUCUCACUUCUCUCGGUCUGUAAUAGAAAAGAAAAGCAGCAAAGCUGCAGAAAAACAUUCCUUGUUUACCUUCCUACUAGAAGCCCGAAAAAAAAAAAAAAAAAGAUAAAAGAAAAAAGAAAGAAAGAAGAAGAAGAAGAAAAAGAAGAACCCUCUCCUUUUACUUUAUUUCACGUCCAGCAAAGCAGUAAGCUCUCGGCUGCUCAUCUCUCUGUUUUUAAUCCAGCCCUCUUCUCUGUUUCCACUUGGUCCAGCAGCAAGCAAGUUUCCCCUUCCACCCGUGGUAGAAGGUAGCUAAAUUACUGCUCAAAAAAUACCAGAUGGAUGAAUCUACACAUACUAGUGGUUCUAAAGAUAGUAGUGGUGCACCUAAAGUAAAAGGUGGUAUUACACCUAUUGGUCCUACACCUACAGUACCUACUGGUCCUACACCUACACCACCAGGUCCACCACCUCCACAAGUAUGUACACCUACUCAUGGAUGUCCUGGUCCGAUAGGCACACCACCACCACCAGUAGGUACACCUACAUCUUCUGCAUCAACCACUGCUUCUUGUUAUCAUUAUCCACCAUCUCCUAUUGAUAAUUUGAUGGGUGGGGUAGAUAUAGAUGAGGAUAAUGAUUCUGAUGAGAUGGAAACUGAUAGGUCUUCUGGUUCUAUGAGAGGUCGUGGUGGUCGUCCACCACUCCCUAAGAAGAGAAAAUCUAGAAAAGUGGCAAAACCAUCUAUAGUUUGGGAGCAUUUCACUAAAGAUUUAAAUAGUCCUGAAAAUAAUCCUGUGGCACACUGUAACUAUUGUGAGGCUCCGUAUAUGUGUCAUGCAAAAAAUUAUGGGACCUCUAACAUGUUGUAUCAUGUCAAGACUUGCCAAAAGUACAGGAGUUUAAAAGCUAACCAAGAUACCUCUCAAACUAAGUUUACUUUUUCAUCUGGGCAGACUCAGGGUAGUAAGAACCUAAUGAUUGCCAAGUAUUCUGAAAAACUCAUUAGGGAUACACUCUGUGAGAUGAUCAUUGUUGAUGAGAUGCCUUUUUCGAUUGUGGAGAGGAUGGGGUUUAGGAAAUUGUUUAGUGUUCUUGAGCCUAGAUUUAAGCUUCCUUCCCGGUAUACGGUGAUGAAAGAUUGUGUCAAGAUGUUUAUGAAUCUUAAGAAUACAAUAAAGGCUGAGUUUUUGAUGAGUGGCCAAAGGGUUUGUUUGACCACUGACACAUGGACUUCAAUUCAGAAUAUGACUUACAUGUGCAUCACUGGCCAUUUCAUUGACCAAUCUUGGAAGUAUCACAAAAAGAUAUUGUCAUUUCGCCAAGUGUCGGAUCACAAGGGGCCAACAAUUGCAAAGGAAGUAGAGCAAUGUUUGGUAGAUUGGGGAAUUGGAAAGUUGUUGACAAUAUCUGUUGACAAUGCAAGCGCUAAUGAUAGCGCAAUUGAUUUUUUUUAAAAAAAAAGAAAUUUGGGUAAUAAUGAUGUUCUUUGUUGCCACGAAUUUAUUCAUGUAAGGUGUUGUGCCCAUAUUCUCAAUCUUAUUGUGCAUGAGGGUUUGAAGGAUAUAGAUGAUUCAGUAGUAAAGGUUCGAAAUAUGGUGAAGUAUGUGAAGGAAUCCCCUCAUAGAUUGGCCCAAUUCAAGUCUUGUGCGGAAAGAAAAACAAUUGCAUGUAAUGCUUCCUUGACCCUUGAUGUUCCCACUAGAUGGAACUCCACUUAUACCAUGUUAGAGGUGGCGGUGAAAUAUGAAAGGGCCUUUGAUCUAAUGAUAGACGAAGAUUCAAAUUUUGUAACAUAUUUGUGUGAUGAUGGGCCAGGGAAAAGGGGGGUGGGGCUUCCAAAUGAUGAUGAUUGGGCUAAUGUUCAACACUUUAUAAAAUUUUUGAAAGUGUUUUAUGAUGUGACUAUGCAAAUAUCGGCUUCCUCGUACACAACUACCAACAUAUAUUUCAAAACACUGCAGAAAGUUUAUAAUUGUUUGAUUGCGUAUUGUGGUAGUGAUGAUGAUAAGUUGAGUGACAUGGCUUUCAAAAUGAAACUGAAAUAUGAUAAGUAUUGGGGAGAUUUUGAUAAAAUUAAUCCAUUGUUGUUCAUUGCUUCUGUGCUUGAUCCUCGUUACAAGAUGGAAGUAUUGGAGUUUUGGUUCUUGAGUAAUAUAGGGGAAGCAAAAACAGACCGAAUUGUCUCCAAGUUGAAGAAUAUUUUGGAACAAUUAUAUAGUCACUAUGCUAUGCAUGAUGGAGAAAGUGGGCCUAGUGGGGCAAGAAUGUCAAAUGAAGGUUGGAUUUCCUCAACUUCAACCUCAUUGGGUGUGGGACUGGGUAGUGGUACUUCUUCUGAUCCUCAAUUGAAUAAAGAUGCUUUGAAGGACUUCCAUACAUUUCGGGCAAGGAGAAAUUUGAUGCUAGCUCGGACAGAGAUAGAAAAAUAUUAUGUGGAGGGUGUUGAGAUACCAAGUGAUACAUUUGAUAUCUUAAUGUGGUGGAAUGUAAACUCAGCAAAGUAUCCAGUUCUUUCCCGGAUUGCGCGAGAUGUCUUAGCUAUUCCACUUACCACCGUUGCUUCUGAGUCUGCAUUUAGCACUGGAGGUCGCGUCAUAGAUUGUUAUCGGAGUUCUUUAGCUCCAAAAACAGUGGAGGCUCUUAUAUGUACUCAGAAUUGGUUGAGAUCUACUUGGAGUGAGCAUAACGAGCAAAACAAGGACUUGCUUUUGCAGCUUUUUCCUAGUAUUGAAGAUGAAGAGAGCUACAAGCUUGACUCAGAAAUUUUGUCUAAUUCCGUCACACUUGACGACGAGUAAGGCUCGAGGGAUGUACUUUGUCAAGAAUGUUUAUUUGGAUGCAAAUUGAAGGUUUAUGAAUUUCUGAUCGAUGCGGCUCAUGGAACUUUGGAUUUGGGAAUGGUUGAUACAAUGACACUUGAUUUUAGAUUUGAAAUGACUUACUGAUUGUAAUCGUUUAAUUUGCUUUGCCUUGCUUUUUGAUUUUGUUUGAGAAUGGGUUGAAUUGUUUUGCUUUCCUUUCCUUUCCUUUUGAAUUCUGCUUUUGUUUGCUUGCUUUUAAGUUUUAUGGUUGCUAGGCCUUUAAUAUAUGUAUUUUGUUUUUUUGAAUUUGGAUAUUAAAAAGUAGUUUGGACUUUGGAAUGUGUUAUCAGGUUAUGUAAUUAUGUUGGGUUUAUAUUGUGAGUAUUAGAAAGUAGUUUGGACUUUGGAAUGUGUUGUCAGGUUAUGUAAUUAUGUUGGGUUUAUAUUGUGAGUAUUAGAAAGUAGUUUGGACUUUGGAAUGUGUUAUCAGGUUAUGUAAUUAUGUUGGGUUUA